UGAUCCUAUAUAAAGCGCCGAGCACUAACGUUUUCUCCAUCAGAUUUAUUCGAAGUCUCCGACGAACAUGAAACCUCUUCAAGUCGCCUGCUGCUUUUUGCUGCUCUUUUGCUUGCUGGCUGCGGUCAACGCCACACCGGGUAAGGUUUAUAUUAAUGGGCAGUGCGUUGAGUGCAAUAAGCCCGAUAACGAUGAUGGUAUAAUAAUGCCUUCUGACCAUAAGACGGGUGGUUCUACGUCGUACACUCUGACAUCCGGAGCGGUGUUCUUUGGAAUUAUUUAUCAUUUGUUCAGUUCAAUGACUGUCUAAUCAUUUUGUAAAUAAAACAAAGAUUUAUUCAAG